GCAGUACUGAAGCAGACUGACCCCUUUCCCCUUUAUGAGUCAUACAUGUAUCUGUCGCUGUCUUUUUAAACUAGUGUGGUACGUUCGUACUUGAGUACGUCCUAGAGUAACUCGCAGGUAGUAAGGCAGAAUGAGAUGAAACAUGGUCGCUGUAAACGUGACCCAGUUUCUCCCGAUGAUUGUACACAUUGUCCAGUCUUGUCCCAGAACAGCUGUCGCGUGGAGGGACUCCUCAGACAGGCUAGGCUGCAAGUUUGAUUCCAAAGACGCGAAAAACCGGUAUCACUGUGUCCCUGACCAACAGAGGUCCUUCCUGCUGGAAUUCUGUUACGAUAGAACAAGAACGUUAGUAAGCAUAGGAAAGUGUUUGGAGCUUGCAAACAGUGGCAGUCUAAACUUUGAAGAUUGCGAUAAGUCAUUUUCCUAUGGCUGUCCUACGAAUCAUUACUACAGUGAUGAAAUGUAUCAACAUCCAGCCUGUUUAGAAAUCAACACGGAACAGCAAUGCUUUGUAGCAGCGAAUGGAUGCGAAAAACCAAAAAGGCCAAGCACCUCGACGUCAAGUUCGAAAAUUAGUGUACCUAACAACAUAUUAGAUCCGGCAGAUACUGGGGACUCUAUGACAGCUUACAUAGGCUAUAUCUUAUUUGGAGUGUUGUUUGUCUUGGUUAUGGCAUUCCUCAUAAAAAAACGACGAGCAGCCAUCUACAGCUUUCUGAUGUCGCUUUCUUGUGUAUCCAGACUGUGGGGAGGUUCAGCAACUGCAAGGGAAGAUGAAAAACAAGAUCCAUCACAUCAAGCAGAAUCGGAAAAUUCUGAAGCGGAAGAAAUAACUCUUCUUGAUGCAACUAAUACGAACGAUCCAUCACAUCAAGCAGAAUCACCAACUUCUGAAGCGGAAGAUACAGCUCUUCUUGAUGUAACUAAUACAAACGAUCCAUCAUAUCAAGCAGAAUCACCAAAUUCUGAAGCAGAUGAUACAGCUCUUCUUGAUGUAACUAAUACAAACGAACGAAACGAAUCUGGCGUAGGUGCCAAAAUAGAUUCAUCUUUAGAUUAUGAAACAGUAAAGAAGAAAGAUGCAGAAAUUAACAUGACAGAAGGCCAAGCACCUCGGCGUCAAGUUCGAAAAUUAGAGUUCGAAGAUCCAAAGAGAACCAUUGAAGCAUGUGAAAAAAUCGUUGCUGCUGUUGACUUUGGAACAACAUAUUCAGGAUAUUGUUUCUCGACACAUGAAGAUUACUACAAAAAUCCUUUAAAGAUAACUUCAGGUAACUGGGAGUUUUCUUCCUGGCAAAAAGCAUUUUCAAUGAAGAUACCAACCACCAUUCUCCUCGAUAAGGACAAAAACGUGAAAUCGUUUGGAUUUGAAGCGGAAACAGAAUACGCAGACAUGGAUGAGGCUGACCACAAGGAUUACUAUUACUUUCAGCGCUUUAAAAUGGAAAUCAGCAGACAACAGGUCAAUAAGGGAGAAGAUGUAAAUAUCAAAGAUGUUUUAGGAAAACAAAUUUCAGCCAGUUUUGUCAUUGGACAAGGUAUUCGAUAUUUAAAAGAGGAACUCCUACGACAAAUCGAGCGAACAUCUUUGGAAAAUAUACACUGGGUGUUUACGUAUCCCGGUCUUUGGAAUUUUUAUAAACAGGGUGUUUUAGCGAACGCUGUAAUAGAGGCUGGAAUUCCAAAAGAGAAAUUCGUCCUCACAGAGGAGGCUCAGGCCGUGUCGUACUACCUUCAUCAUUUGCCUUACUAUAGACAGGAUGGCACAAGCAAUAUGACUGUUUUUGUGGAAGGGAGAAAAUAUCUUCUUCUGGAUGCAGGAGGUGGAACAAUUGAUAUAACCGUCAAUCAAAUGCAGCGAGAUGGCACUUCAAAAACCCUUACAAAGUGUAGCGGACCGUUUGGUGGGACUACGGUUGACAAUGCGUUUGAGUCGAUCAUCUGUGAUAUUGUGGGCCAAGAACUCAUGGAUGAUUUCAUUAAAACACAUCCAGCAGAUUACAUAGAAAUGAUGAGAAAUUUUGAAGCUCUUAAACGGAAGGUUCUUUCAAUAAAUGCAGAAAAAGUUCUUUUAAGGCUCCCAAUGAAUCUAAAGGAUAUGUAUGAGGCCAAACACAAGCCUGAUAUUUCAGAGAAAAUACAAAGAGCAGGAUAUGAUGGCAAAUUGACGUGGGAGGACGAAAAGUUUAGAAUGACAAAGAAUCUUUUCAUUUCCCUGUUUGACGAUGCCUUUAAAGGAAUUAAGCAAUCAAUCAGAGAAAGUCUUGACAAGGAAGAGGCCGAGGGCACGAAAAUCAUACUGAUGGUUGGGGGUUUUUCGGAUUCUUCGCAGAUUCAGCAAAUGAUAGUAGACGAAUUCAUGCAUCUAGAUGUGAUCGUUCUACCGGAACCAGGACUGGCUGUCCUAAGAGGAGCCGUGCUUUACGGUCAUCAACCAGUUGUAUUUCAUUCAUGUAAAAGAACACCAUGUAAAUAAUAAGGUAUUCAAUGCAUAACGAUCAUAUUUCAGAUGUUAUAGAUGGAUGGUGUGGUCUUUGUAAUCAUUGUAUCGUUUUCAAGGAUUUACCAAACAAAAAUGACCCACCGUCAUCUUAGGAAUGAAUUCACAAAAUUUUGAUUACUGCAUGAUUUAUCUCAUCUUGAAAUUUACAUGGAAGUCUGUAGAAAGAUCAUUUUUACGUUUGUAUAUUUAGCGCUUGCUUAUUUGUACAUCUUUUAGUCAUGUAAAUCAUUUUCGUUUGUCCUAAGAUUGGGAAUAGUCGUCAAGAAAAUUUGACAAUUUAAUUGUUCCUAUCCGGUUAUUUUUGUAACACACACACACAUAUAUAUAUAUAUAUAUAUAUAUAUAUAUAUAUAUAUAUAUACAAGUGUAUAUAUACACACACACACACCACACACAUAUAAUUAUAUAUAUAUACACACACACACCACACCACACACACACACACACACACACACACACAUAUAUAUAUAUAUAUAUAUAUAUAUAUAUAUAUAUAUAAUUGUUUGUAUAUUGCAAUAUUGCAGAUCUCCAAGUUUAUUGUUUUGCAAAAUUGUCUGUUAUCUUUGCCAUUUAGGAUGUAAGAAUCAAUUAACGAUUACAAAUGUCAUACUUAUUAUAUAUAUAUAAGAUUUUAUAUUGAAUAUAGGUCCCAGUUACUAAAGUACAAUUACUGUUAUAAGUUUCGAAUUUAUUAGGCAUGUGUUUGUUAUGAAUGUUUGUUUUUAAAAGUCAUGCGCGACGUUUCUCGAUAAUAUAGAAUUUUUCGUGAGAUUUCGGGUACAUCCUAUCUCUUUUCUACAAAAUCUGUUUUGUUUCCAGGUUUGUCUUAAAUUCAGCAUAGUUGGACAGUUCCUAGUGGUGGCAAUUUAAAAGAAAUGAAAAGUCAGUUCUUAUGUACUACAGAAGGUUUUAUAUAAGGAUAUUACUAAAUUAUCUUAGUGAAGAAGGGGAGAAAAUGUUUCGGAUCAAUCAGGGAUCGAACCCGGAACUCUUGCAUUACUAGUUAGGUUGUGAAACCCAAGAUGUAAAUAUAUGGAUUGAUUGCUCCUUUGCCAAACACUUAGCAUUUAGAUUGAUUGAAUAUUGUUUAAAGUCCCUCUCGAGAAUAUUUUACCCAUAUGGAGACGUCAUCACUGCCGGUGAAGGGCUAUAACAUUUAGGCAUAUGCUCGGCACUUAUGGCCAUUGAGCAGGGAGGGAUCUCUAUGCCACACCUGCUGUGACACGGGACCUCGGUUUUUAUGGUCUCAUUCGAAGGACUGCCCCAUUUAGUCGCCUCUUACGACAAGCAAGGGGUACUGAGGAUUUAUUCUAACCCGGAUCCCCAUGGGAAGUGAGAAUCACAGGUCUUUCCGAUAUGACAUUAAAAACGUAGGUCCCGUGUCGCGGCAGGUGUUUGCACGUUACUGCCCUGAGAGCGAAGCAUAGGUCUUUUGUGGUACUUUACCUACCAUUCAAUAUGGGUGAAGAAUUCUCGACGGAACGUAAAACAAUCAACGAACAACAACAAUAUAAAAUUUAAACCUACAAGAAUACAUGGAAUCUCCAUAUAGUUUGAUGAAAUUAUAUAAGUGUAGAAGAAAACAAAAAUCAGAAAUGUUGCAUGUGAUCUUGACAUACACAAUGUCUUCAGUUAAGGGCAGCAUUAUUUUUAUAUUUGCUUUUUAUGUACUUUUGAAACUGUACUUUUUAUAGUGUUUAACAGACAUACAUGUAUUCCUGUUUAUAUAUCUGUUUGUAAGUUUUAACAAAACAUUUUUUGAAAAUAUACUAUUUUAUGAUAUGUUAUUGUCACGAUUUAUACUUUUCCCCAUACAAGUACAUGAUAUUACACAAGUGUAUUGGUAAACUAGAUACAACCUAUCAUUUGUUCAAAUGCUGUCUGACGUGUUUCAUGUCGAUUGUUAGGCCGUUCUUGUCGCACUGAUUUUGACUACGGAUAACUCCGUUUACCUGGUCAAGAUAUAGGGCUCACGGCGGCUGUGACCGGUCGAUAGAUGAUGCUUACUCCUCCUAGGCACCUGAUCCCACCUCUGGUAUAUCCAGGGGUCCGUGUAUUCCCAACUCUCCAUUUUGUAUUGCUUAUAGGAGUUAUGAGAUUGACAACUGCUCGUUAUCUUCACCUUUCAUCGUUAUAACGACCAUAAAAUUUGCAAAAAUUUGACUUUAAUGGUGACUGUUGAAACCCCUGCAACAUCAACUUGUGUGUCAAUAGCCUCCCUUGAAUUAAAAACUGAUCACACGCAGAACAAGCUCUUGCGUAUUGAAUCAGUUCGGAGAUUCCAACAUUAUAUGACGGUGAUAAUGGAAUAUUGCUAUAUGGAUAUGGAAAUAUGAACUUAAAUAGUAUCUAACAUUUUCGGUAAGUGCACGUCACCGGUCCCGGGUAAAUAGUUUGAUACGUAUUUUAGGCAAGCAAAUCAUGUGCAUUACAUUAUAUCUUUGCAUAUGCAACUGUAUUUGGUAAGAAUUGAAUGUGUUUUAUAGUUAUAAUUAUGUCAUAUGUUCUUUGCAUUUUCCGUUCUAUAACGGUAUGUAAAUGGCAAACGAUUUCUCCACGUUUAUCAUGUUAUUGACGUGAUACAUGUAACUGCGAAUGUUUACAUGUAUAUGCAAGUACAGUGGGGGAUCCAGGAUUUCCGAAAACAAGGUGGGGGGGGGGGGGGGGGCACUUGUGAAAGUCAAGUAUUAACCAAAAUACUCAGUCAUUUUGGGUGCCAAAUCUGGAGUUUUACUCACAUUAUUUCUUAUUUCAAUAUCAUCAAAACUUGAUCUUCAUCUAUACUAUGUAUAGAUAUCGAUUGAAUUUUGAUUAAAUUGUUCCAAGGUUUGGAUAUUGUGUCUAAAAAAACCGGUGCGAUGGAUAUUGACUGAAGAAUGCAAAAGACUUUUAUCGCAUUUUCCGCUUAUCAUAUAAACGUUCAGUAUGUUUUUACUAAAUGAUGUUCGGUAUGAAUUUCGUAAUUGUGAGCACCAUAAUAAUGUUUUAAAACGUGA